AUGCGCGCUUGGAUGCUUGACGGGCCGCAGGACUCUUCUUCCUUAUAUAUCAAAGAGAUGCCGAUUCCGGACGUACAGCGGGGUUGGGUGCUGAUACAGAUGAAAGCCUUUGGGUUGAACCGAAGCGAGCAUCAUACGCUGAUACUGCAAAACCUAAUGAUAAUAGGCCUUGCGGAAGGGGUCACGUUUCCCAGAGUGCUGGGCAUUGAAGUAACCGGGGUAGUAGUUUCAGCACCAGGCGCGGAAUUCGAGCCGGGGCAACAGGUGUGUGCAACAAUGGGUGGCAUGGGCGGAAAUUUUGAUGGGGGAUAUGCAGAAUACACGUGCGUACGUGCGAACCAUGUUUCUUCACUGGACUGGUCCAUAUUGGGAGCCGUACCCGAGAUGCUUCACACCACAUGGGGUGCCCUUGACGUUGGUAUGGAUGCCAAGAAAGGUCAAUCAAUUUUGAUACGAGGCGGCACAUCUUCAAGCAGGAUGGCUACUGUUGUCCUAGCCAAACAACUUCAGAUGACGGGUUUCUCAACAACUAGGAACAAGAAAAAGAGCGACACACUCAGGAAUUUCGGAGUUGACCAUGUCCUGAUUGACAAUGGUAAUUUUUCUGCACAGGUUCGAGCUAUUGCUCCUGAAGGAGUCGAUUGUGCAAUAGAGCUUUUCGGAACGGAUGCAUUACCGAAUACGUUGAAAGCGUGUAAGGUCAAGGGCGUCACUUGUUUCGUGGGGAUGUUAUCCAAUCAAUGGACCGUCAAGGAACUUUACCCGAUUGAUUACCUUCCUCAUGGUGUAAAGCUUUUUGGGUACGCUAGCGGAGUGGAAAAAUUGCCUGAGCACGUGCUCCGGAAUUUCCUGGAUGCUGUCGAAACGGGAAAUGCUUUCAUGCCAAUCGAUAAGGUUUUCCAAUUUGAGCAGCUGAGAGAAGCUCACGAGAGAACGAACGCGGGCUUGGCAGUGGGUAAGAUGGUAGUCCUGACAGGUACGUGA